UUAAAAGUAGAAUAAGAAAUAUUUUUUAAAUUGUUUCAGCAAUGGAUAUGGUCAAGUUCGUCCGCUACCUGAACGCAAUAUCGACGAAGCUGAUAUGGCUCUACACCCUCCUCACGAUCGUCAUCCUCAACGAGAAGAUAUGCGCACGGAUCUUGACCAUGUUCGAAAGCGAUCGUUGAGCCUUUGAUGAGAACGAGUUCUGGGGAAAAGAUCAGGGGAAAAAAGGGGGAAUUUCGUCCCGUUUCGCCGGCUCACUGAGGGAAAACCCGUCCACUGUCCAUAUUGACAGUCAAUGACAAUUUCCGUGUUAAAGGGAUAGUCAUUGCGGACCUGUUCGAAGAUCCGAAGGAGAACAAAUCGCCUGUUAUUGUUGAAAAUGUGGUGGAAGAUACCGAAAAAUUUGCCUCUUUCUUUGGAAUAACUCUUCAAAAUGGAUAAAAUGGUCUAACAAAAGUACAUUGAAAGUCUGGCUUGGCAACAAGUUGGCUUAUUGUCUUAAAAUGGGUUAUCUGGUUGCUAGGAGGUAUAUACAAGGAAAAAAUAGAAAUAAAUAAAUAUAAUCAAAUAAAUCAAUCGGGACCCCAUGCCGCAGGUGUUUUGGACAUUAUGAAUGACUUUACAUCCUCUAGCACAUUUUUUCGAAUUUACUACCCUUCGUCAUUUAAUAAAACAGAGAACGACCCUUCAAAAUGGAUAAAAUGGUCUCCUAAUGAAAAGUACAUCGAAAGUCUGGCUGGUGUCGUCACAAAUUGGACUACUGCCGUAAAAUGGGUUAUCUGGUUGCUUGGAGGCGAACCGAUGGUACCAGCCAUGUGGGAGGUCCCCCCUAGUAGCAAAAAAAUGCCGGUCAUACUUUUCUCACAUGGUUUUGGAGCGACGAGAUUCAUUUCGUCUACAGUUGCAGUCGAGCUCGCUUCCCACGGAUACUUUGUUGCAUCGAUAGAGCAUAAAGACACUUCUGCUAAUAUGACGUACUAUUAUGAAGACGAAGCAGCCAGAGAUAACGACACCCCGACUUAUAUUGAACACAUAAAGAUGACGUUUCCUCCUAAUCACUAUGAAAUAAGAAAUGAACAGUUGCACAAGAGAGUCGAUGAAAUGAAAAAAAUACUCGACAUCCUUGAGGACUUGAACAGAGGAGAAGUGACCAACGUACUUCCGAGUACAUUUGACCUUCAGCUUUUUAAGGGGCUUUUAGACUUAAAUUCUGUUUGUAUAUCUGGGCAUUCGUUCGGAGGAGCUACUUCAUUAUUAACGAUGCAAACUGAUGAUAGAAUUUCAUGUGGUGUGAUUCUGGAUGGUUGGAUGUUUCCUUUAAAAGAUGAAUGUAUUGAAAUAGAUAAACCUCUUUUGUUCAUUAACACUCGGACGUUUCACACGGAGCCCAAUUUGAAAGUUAUGCAGAACAUAAUCAAUUUAUUUCCAAAGGACAAGGAACUUUACACAAUAAAGAACACGACACAUGAAACCCAAACUGACAUGCCGCACAUUAUUGGCUACUGGCAAAAUUUGACGAUGCCAAAACUUAAACCAGAGGUCGGAACUAAAAUUAACAAUAAUUUAAUAUUGAAGUUUUUAUCUCAACACUUAAAACUGCCACUGUCGGAUGAGGAAUGUAGGGCAUAUUUGGAACAGGAAAAGGAUAAGUAUGUCGAAGGGGGUUUACCUUACCCGGAACAGAAACCGAAACUGUGAGAUAUGCAUUUCCAAAGGGCUGAAGCUGUUUACUUGCCUUAAUUUUUUUUUUCUAGAAUAACUUUAGCAAUGUUUCGGUAUAUAGCUAGAGGAUUUAAAUAAUUGUGUACAGAAUACAGGACUGGGAAUUCUAUGUUUCAAAUUUUACUUGUUACUAUUAAAAUUAUCGUUGUUAAUUUUUCUAUAUAUUUAUAAUUGGUUCAUUUUCUGGAAUGAAUUUGUUACUAAAUUAUAAUAUUGUACAUCUAUUUUUGUAAAUAAAGCUAAAGAUACCAGAAGAA